GCAAACCCUAUAUGGCUGAGGCCAAAAAUGAUCAGGACACCUAUAUCUUCUAUCUGAACGUGUGUGGGGAGACCAGCGCUGGACAGUGUGUUGACAACAAAGGUUACGUGUCUGCCUGCCAAGUCAAAGACACGGAUAAUGUGAAGAAGAUUGCUGGGAGAUUCCAGAACCAAACUCUGAGAUAUUCAGAUGGUGAUCUCACGCUAAUCUACCCAGACGGCAGCAGAUGCAGCACUGGAUUCCAGCGCAUGACCAUCAUUAACUUUGAGUGCAAUGCAACGGCUGAGUAUGGCCAGCCGGUCUUUACGGGAGAGUCUGACUGCACGUAUUACUUUGACUGGCAAACAGCAUACGCAUGUGUGAAGGAGAAGGAAGACCUGAUGUGUCGAGUCACAGACAACAAGAAGCGUUAUGAUCUGUCGCCUCUUACGCGUUACCCAG